AUGUANAACCACACUAACUGGCGCUGUCGCGCGGUUACGGUGGACCCAAAGAACACCAACCGGAUCCGAAUUGCUUGCCGAGAUGAAGCUGAACACCAGCUGGUUAAGAAAGCUGCAGAAGCAACAAUUGGCGCAGGAGCCCGGGUGCUCCGCGACGAUCUCUACCCAAUCAAAGUUGACAGUGUCAAGAAAGGAGCCGUGCUAGAUGAACAAGGCGAGAUCAGAGCAGGAGCCGCGGCAGCCUUCAGCGAGGAGAAUGACACCACCGUGGCCAAGAUCGCAUGGCUCAGCAGAAAGGAAAGUGCGAAGGCCUAUGGGUCAAUGGUGGUGUACCUGACCAAAGGCACCGAUGCACGAAGGCUCCUGGCCGAGGGGUUCUUCCACGCUGGGGGAGAAUCUGGCGUAACCAGCGCCUUUGAACAUCGACCGCGACCAACACAAUGCUACAACUGCCAAGAGAUCGGACAUAAGGCAUUCCAAUGCAAAAACACCCAGAAGUGCGCGAAAUGCACCAAGGAAGGCCACCGCCACAGCAUCUGCAACGAGACGGUCCUAAAGUGCGUUCCGUGCGGAGGCCCACAUGAAUCGUACAGCAGAAACUGUCAGAAGCUCUAUCCAGUGCAAAAUGAAUAA